AUGUUUGUCUUGGGCAUUCUCUUCGUGCUCGGCACAGCAGCAACAGCUUGCUUGACGCGUAAAAGGUUUCCAUCAUGGAACGUAUCACGCUUCAGAAAUCUGGUCACAUUUGGCGAUAGCUACACCGAUGAAAGCAGGCUCGAAUACUUCAUUAAUCACGGUGGUGUUGGCCCCCCUCCUGGAACGGUUCUUGCUGGGAGCUCUCUUAUCCGACCCUGGGCCCGAUACGUAGCCCAGUAUGUCGACUCGCUAAGCUUGCACAACUAUGCUGUCUCGGGGGCUGUUUGCUCGAAUGAGAUAACGCCUAGACACUUCACCACCAUUGCCUCCGAUUUUCCCUCGGUCUUGGAGUAUGAAAUCCCGGCAUUCCGAGCGGAGCACUCUCCUUCGUUUGAUGGACGGACGUCUCGCAACCUUGGCACGGAUACUGUGUUCGCCAUACUGAUUGGGACGAAUGACCUUGGGAAUGCUGCGUUCUUGACAGACUCCCAAGUCCCGGGAAGACUAUUGCACGACUAUACCGAGUGCGUUUAUCGUGCCUUUGACGCCAUCUAUGCCGUCGGAGGCCGCAACUUUGUUCUCAUGAACACUGUGCCUUUACACCUCGCACCACAGUAUGCCGCCGAUGGAGCUCCUGCAACACAUUAUUACCCGGAUAAGCCGUCGAACCUGACAGAGGUUGCAGCUAGGAUCCAGCGGGACACUGCCAGCGUCAACGAGAUAUUCAGGUACAAGACGCCCUAUGAGCUUCUCAUCGCCCAAAGGUACCCUGGCUCCGACUUUGCGCUGUUUGAUACUUGGCGACUGUUCACCGACAUCUAUAACAACCCUCAUCUCUAUCUCAACGGGACUGAAGAGCUGACAGUGAACGACUGGUCGCAUCAUUGCAGCGUGGCAGGAACGGACUGUGUCCAUCGCCACAACGACACUUCUCCAGAUUCGUUUAUGUGGUGGGACGAAUUGCAUCCCAGCGAGCAGGUCCAUCGUGUUCUAGCUGGCGAAAUUGUCGACUUACUGAACGGCCGUUCGGAGUAUGCCACGUAUUGGUCUAGCAGGAAAUGAACCUAGCAAAACGAGUAAGAUGGUCAACCAUCACUUACGUGGAGUCGCAAGCACUCGGGUGCCGCCAUAUGUCAAUCAGUGAAUAAAGUCUAGACCCACCGACCGCUCAUCAUUCCUGCGACAAAGGAGAUCCCGCGAGUAUCGGUCAAGCAUGGACCGUCUACAAACCUGUGUUCCCUGCGCCCAGUGGUCAAAUCAAA